CGUGAGCCUGAGAAGAUUGGAUUCGGCUUGCAGGAUUUGGGAGUUGCGGACGAGUUCGCUUUUUCCUCUGUGCUAGGGCAUCGCCUCUAUAGCGCUCUGAACCCUUUCCGGUGUCCGCCUUACUUCGUUCUCUGGUCCUUUGGCUCCUGUCCCUGAAAGCCGGCCUCCUGCCUCACCAUGCCCCAGCUCGGACUCCUGCAUAGGAGGGCCUGGACUUACCUGCUCGGCCAGCUCCUGCGGCCUCCUAGUGCUGUGUGCAUCGGGGAAUUCCAUUAUCAUAGCCAGGUUGCUGAGGCCGUGUUAACGUCCCAACUGAAACCACAUCAAGAGAAAUCUAAUUUUAUUAUCAAGACCCCAAAGGGCACCAGAGAUCUUAGUCCUCAGCAGAUGGUUGUGAGGGAGAAAAUUCUCAGUAUGGUUGUUAGCUGCUUUAAACGUCAUGGAGCAAAAGGUUUGGAUACCCCAGCAUUUGAGCUAAAGGAAGUGCUCACAGAGAAGUACGGAGAGGACUCUAGGCUCAUCUAUGAUCUGAAGGAUCAGGGUGGAGAGCUAUUGUCCUUACGCUAUGACCUCACUGUCCCUUUUGCUCGUUAUCUGGCCAUGAAUAAAGUGAAGAAGAUGAAACGCUACCAUGUUGGAAAGGUGUGGCGGCGGGAGAGCCCAACCAUAGUCCAAGGCCGCUACAGGGAGUUCUGCCAGUGCGAUUUUGACAUUGCCGGUCAAUUUGAUCCUAUGAUCCCUGAUGCAGAGUGUUUGAAGAUCAUGUGUGAAAUCCUAAGUGGGUUGCAACUGGGGGACUUUGUCAUUAAGGUCAGUGACCGGAGGAUUUUGGAUGGGAUGUUUGCCGUCUGUGGUGUUCCUGAAAGCAAGUACCAUGCUGUCUGCUCCUCAAUAGACAAGCUAGACAAGAUGUCUUGGAAAAAUGUGAGACAUGAGAUGGUGGAAAAGCAAGGUCUGGCUCCUGAAGUGGCGGAUCGAAUUGGGGACUAUGUCCAAUGUCAUGGUGGGAUGUCCUUGGUAGAGCAAAUGUUCCAGGAUCCUAAACUGUCCCAGAAUAAGCAGGCCCUAGAGGGCUUGGGAGACCUGAAGCUGCUAUUUGAAUAUCUGACUUUAUUUGGAAUUGCUGAGAAGAUCUCCUUUGACUUAAGCCUGGCUCGGGGUCUAGACUACUAUACAGGAGUGAUCUAUGAAGCAGUGCUGCUACAGACCCCAGCUCCGGCUGACGAGGAGCCCCUGCAUGUGGGCAGUGUGGCUGCUGGUGGGCGCUACGAUGGGCUGGUGGGCAUGUUUGACCCCAAGGGCCACAAGGUGCCAUGCGUGGGGCUCAGCAUUGGGGUGGAGCGGAUCUUCUCCAUUGUGGAGCAGAGGAUGAAGACAUCUGGUGAGAAGAUACGGACCACAGAGACUCAAGUGUUUGUAGCCACACCACAGAAGAACUUUCUCCAAGAACGGUUGAGGCUAAUUGCAGAGCUUUGGGAUGCUGGGAUCAAGGCAGAGCUACUGUAUAAGAACAACCCUAAACUACUAACCCAACUGCAGUACUGUGAGGACACGGGCAUUCCACUGGUGGUUAUUAUUGGUGAGCAAGAACUGAAAGAUGGGGUCAUCAAGCUCCGUUCAGUGGCCAGCAGGGAGGAGGUGGCCAUUAAACGGGAACAUCUUGUGACUGAAAUUCAGAAGCGACUGUCUGAGUCUUGAUCCUUACCUGAUUGCCAUCUGCUGCUCUUUGUAGCAAAUGUUUUAUCUAGGACUGAGUUCCUGAUGGACCUCACAACUGCUGGCCAGGAUGGGUGGCAAGUGCCUCCGCCUCCUCUGUCCUUCCUGGAUACAGAACUAUAGAAGGCCCUAGGGACUCCUGGGCUAGAGCAAGCAGCUAUUCUGCAUGGGCGCAGAUGGCUGGUAUGUGAAAGAGACAUGUCCUACUUGCAGAUGCAGGUAGCAGAUUUAAAGGCCAUUAAAUGCUGCCAAGAAGUGCUGGGAUUGUUGCUGUGAGCAAGGUUCUAGGAGAGUCAACCUCAGGCUGAGGUAAUUCUGAACCAUUGAGAUCAGAAGUCAGAUACUUAGCCUUACACUGUGGCUUCUGGACCAAAUUCUGGGGAUUUGUCUACAACCUUCCCUUGGUCUAUCCAUCCAGGGAGUUUUUGAGAGAGCAAGGAAGGGGCAAAUGGCUGCUUUCUGCUUUGAGGACAGAGAUGCUAUCUCAAAGGCACAGUAGUGCCCAUAUUCAUGUAUAUGAAUGCCUAACCACUAACAAAACCAGGGUGAGGCUGUUUAAUAAUCUUGAGUGUUAAAUUUAAUAGGUGACCUAACAUCAUGGAGGUCUGAUCUUUUGAGAUUUUGGAGACCAUUUCCUGUGCCGGAACCAUUGCUGUGACUGUUCCAUGUUCUGCCAUUGAGGUGACUGUUCUAAAAGUGGUUGGAUAAUGCAUUAAAUAAAAUAUUAAAUGUAA